AUUAGUAUACCGUGCUGUUAUUCUGACUCUCAGUUACUCCAGAUCUACUACGUUCAAGGAUCAAAACGACGCCGAGGAUGAAGACUGAGAACAUAUGUAUUAUUUUGGCUUUUAUGGUAGCAUACAUUCACUGUAGUUGCCACAUGAUAACACCAACAGAUUGCAUUUUUAAUGGGGAAAUAGUCAAAGAUGGCUCUUCGUUCCAAAAUGAAGAACAGUGUGAAACAUGUAGAUGUUGGGACGGAGAGAUUUCCUGUUGCGGGUAUGGACAAGUGAUUAGAGAUCUUGCAGACGAUUGUAAAAUUAUUAAAGUGGGACCAUGUAUGGAGGAAGCUGUAUUAAUAUCAGAUGAAAGUCAACAAUGCUCUUACAUUGUAGCUGUACCAAAUGGUAGAAAAUAAUUUGACAAAAAAUUGUUUAUAAUUCAUAAUGAAAUAAAUUUUGUACAAAU